UGCCUCUCCGAGCAUCUUUGAGCUGUUCUGACAUAUGUGCUCCCUCUCUGCUUCUCUGCCUCUUUCUUUUUUCUGUCUUUCCACCAAUCCCAUACCUCUCCAUACAUCUAUCUCUCUCUGUUUCCCCCUCCAAGACAGGAAAAGGAGCAGUAGCAGGGAGCACCAGCGAGGAAGACUGACCACAAUAACAGGAAGAGGAAGUGGGCAGUGACCUGUAUGAGAGGGGACUGUGGUCUGACAGCUGUGGUUCAACACUUUUGGCCGCUGGGUGAAAAAACCACAUCAGAGGCGACAAGAAGAAAAAGAGCAAGAGAGACUCAAAACCUGUUGGACUCCUGAGGAAAAACCUUGACAAUCUGAGGAGGGAAAACAGGGUGAUAAAGACAUUUUUGGGUAAAAAAAACUUUAGAGCUGGAGCGACUGGUGCGUUUUUACCUGUUUGAGAAAAACACCUGCAGAGGAAGAGACUCCUGAAAUUUCCUCAGCGAAUAACUGCUGAGUGAGCUCUUGUUUUUAUUCCUAAAUUUAUUGCACAGGAAAUCCAACUCUGGGAUACAUUCUCAUUCAAGAGGCAUCAACCCAUACUUCAUCAUCACAGAGUUAUUGUAUAAUCUAGUCCACAGUCCAGAAAAGGAUUUGUACAGAAACCUGGUGAAAAUCAAGCCGAGAGAGAGAUCCCUGCCUGUACAACACCUGCUGCUCUCUUUCAACAACCAGCAGACAACAAGAAGGGAGUGCGAGAGCGAGGAAGAGACAUAGUUUAAUCAGGAGGUGGUUUUACUCCCUGUUGAGCAUACGACCACCCACCAGCCACUAUUUUCUACCACAAACUGCCACAUUAAUACAGUAUAACCCCAGUGUGAGUGAGCAAGAGAGCACCUUGAAGGAUUUGGGCUUCAUUUUGUACCAAAACAAAGGUCUGCUCAACAGUUUUGGCUUGGACUUUCUAUCUGUGUGAUGAUGGCUUGGCUCCAGCUGUGGACUAUGGGGCUUAUGGCCAUGAUGGCCUUGUCCGUCUCCCUCGCUAUUGCUUCUGGCCUUGCUGUGGUGGAAGCAGAGAAGCAAGGCCCUGUUGAGAUUGUGAAGAAGGAGUCUCAUCCUAUCCUGUUCAGGCAGAAGAGGGAGUGGAUCUGGAACUCCCUCUACGUGGAGGAGGAGAAACCUGCGCCCAUCGCCUACAAGAUAGGACAGCUCAAGUCGAGCCAGACAGUGGAGGUGAAGAGCUUCAAAAUAGAAGGUGAAGGCGCAAACACCAUCUUCACUGUGGAUCACAAAGGAGACCUGUUUGUCACCAGAUCUCUGGACAGAGAGGAGAAAAACGCGUACCAUUUGACUGCCAGAAUGUAUGAUGGGAACAACAAGUUGAUAGAAGAUUCUGGAGACUUUGUUGUCCAGGUGACGGAUAUCAAUGACAACACCCCUGUUUUCCCCAGAACAUAUAAUGGAUCCAUUAUGGAGAGGUCCACCAUAGGAACUAAAGUAGUUGAGGUGAGGGCAACCGAUGCUGAUGACCCCACCACUGCUAACGGAGAGCUCAGGUACUCUUUGACCCAAGACCUUUCUGCCUUCGAAAUCGACAGCAUCACAGGUGUUAUCAGCUGCAAGAUAAACACUCUGGACCGGGAAACCAAAAGUCAGUAUGUGGUAGUGGUUAAAGCUCAGGACAUGAGAGGAAUGGCCUCUGGCAGCACAGCCACCACCUCUGUCACCAUCACCAUCACCGACACCAACGACAACAUAGCUUCUUUCACCCGAAAGACAUAUGAACUGCAGGUUCCGGAGGACCACAAGUUGAAUGAGAAGAUAGGCACUCUGGAGUUGGAGGACAGAGAUCAGAUUCAGAACAAAGAACCCAUCCUCACCAUUCCUAAUGACAUCAGCAAAGUGUUUAAAAUUGAACUCAGCCCUAACAAGGAUGGCAACCUCAUGCUCAAACAGGCUCUGGACUACGAGACAACGAACAGCUACACUUUCACUGUCCAGGUGCGAGAAGACCUAAGAAACCUGCGUUUUCCUGACAACGUGAACAGUGCUGUCACCACAGCCCAGGUGAACAUCAAGGUGUUAGAUGUAGACGAGCCACCGGUCUUCUCCCAGCCCAUCUACAAUUUCAGUGUGGUGGAAGAAAGUAUUGUGAACAACAUUGGAACAGUCACAGCCAAGGAUCCUGACAGAGCUAACAAGAGCAUACGGUACUCCAUCUUAGACAAGGACAGUCCCUUCAGUAUCAACCCAUUCACAGGUCAGCUGUCCACCCUGAGGUUGCUGGACAGAGAGCUGCAAGCCACACACAUGUUUCAAGUUAAGGCACAGGAGGAGCCAAGUGGUUUGGAGUCAUUUGUGAAAGUUGGCAUUGUAGUUCAGGACAUCAAUGACAACAAGCCUGAGCUGUCUGUGGAUGAGAUCUUCGUAUGUGAGAACGACAUCACUAAUACGGUGAUAGGAACCUUGAGAGCCAUAGAUAAAGAUGACCAUCCAGCUUCCUUCAGUUUCAGCCUGGCCAAUGCAAGCUCCAACUUCACCAUCAAAGACUAUGGCAACAACACAGCAGACAUCGUGGUGAAACAGGGGCCGUUCAGCCUGGAUGACCCCAAGGAUUACAGCGUGGAUGUGCGCAUCAGUGACGGAGGACGACCCAUCCAGACCAGCAUCACCACACUGGCAAUCAAGUCGUGUCGGUGUGACAGCAGGCGGAUUUCUACGCUAUGCAAAGCUGGCGCUCGGAGGGUGGGAGUGAGUGUUCAUGCCCUGAUAGCCAUUCUGCUCUGCAUACUGACCAUACUGGUCAUAGUGAUCUUGUUUGUGAUGAGGAAGCGCUACCAGAAGGAUUCUCUGGUCAGUAUGAAGAACAGUGGGGAGAUUCACGAGCAGCUGGUCACAUACGAUGAAGAGGGAGGAGGAGAGAUGGACACUAAUGGCUAUGAUGUCUCAAUCCUCUCUUCCGCUUGCCACGACGGUUCCCUACUCCGUCACCCGGACCGCCACCCCCACCCCUCUCUCUACGCCAUGGUCCAGAAACCCCCUCACCACUCUCAACCCACCGCAUGUAAGGGCGACAUGGCCGUGAUGAUCGAGGUGAAGAAAGAUGAAGCAGAUCAUGACAGAGACGGCUUUCCGUACGACACUCUCCAUAUCUACGGCUACGAGGGACCAGAGUCUUUAGCUGGAAGUCUCAGCUCUCUGGAAAGUUCCUCCACUGGUUCAAACUUGGAUUACGACUUCCUGAACGACUGGGGGCCAAGGUUCAGGACCCUGGCUGAGCUGUACGGUGUGGAUGGACCUGACUACUACCAUCAAUACUGAUGAAGACCGUCUGCUAAUAAGCAUAUAUGAUGCCAAAAUACACACACAAAUACACACACAUCCAAAACAGCCAUAAAAAUACACUCAAACAAAGCCAAAAGCAUGCAGUAAAUAUACAAAUUCACACACACAUAGAAUCAGGCUUUGAUACUGUCCAUUUUGUUUCUGGACAAGGAGCUUCGAUCUAGUAGACAACUGUGUUCUCCAAAGACUUCUCUAGCUUCUAAAAACAGAAUCAAGGCGCUCUUGUGUCCAGUGUAACAACAAAUUAGUUUUGUUUUUAAGUGUAAUUCAGUGAGUCUGUUAGUUUGUCGAGCCUCCCCAGUCUGUUCACUACCAGUUAGUCAGUAAAUAAGAGCUUCAUCAAACUCCAGGAAGCUGAAUCAAGGAGUUUUUGUUUUUGGAGAUCUCUUUUUUUGAUGACAUGGUGCCCUUUGCGUCCUCCAAUGACAUGCUGGGAAGAUUUAUAAAGUAACACCAGGACUUGACGCCAUAGGAGGAGGUGAGAACUAAGUGCUUCACAGAUGUGCAAGAGGAUUGAUUGUUGGUGACAGCGAGAGAUUCACACCGUGAGGGUGCAUUUUGUCACAGUGUUGUGAUGUUUGACAUCACAACCCUUUUAUUCUGCCUGAGAAGAUCUGAAAGUCCAACCAGAUGAAACUCCACUGCGGGCCAUAGCCAAUCAGAGUUUAUCUUGGAUAAUUGAUGGGUUUAUCAGCUCACUGCUGGCCAACAAUGUUACUCAGUUAUUCAAAUACUUAAUGUCCUUUUGCAUUCCCUUUUUACCUUUUUCUUCAUAUACACCUACCACUAAUGCCGAUUUCUUAAUAUAUGAAGAAACUAAAUUGGGUACAAAAUGUAACCAUGGGCACAAAGCCCACAUUUACCACAAAAACUAUAUUUAAAAAGUAUGCAUAGUCUAAUAUCCUAGUUAAUAUUAAAAGACAUCAACUUUACAUCAACUGGAUAUGAGCUCAUUUAAGUAUAUUGACUAAUAUUGGAAUUUUAGUUUAAAUGAAGGUUUAAAUUGUGUUUAUUUCUGUCCUACUGGGGAUGCAAAAUGGUGCAUGUCAAAGCAACUCAUUGCUGAUUUGAGAUUUUUGCCAUACAUUUUCUGUCUUCUCUUUGGUAUUGAGGGCCUGUAAUCUCUUCUAACUUUGAUGUUUUUUAUAUUUGACAAAAGGGCCACAAACACGAAAAGAACAAGGUGAUUUUAGUUUUGAUCUGAAGUUGAUGAUUUGAUUUGUAAAUAUGAUCAUUUGAGGGAUUUAUUGUUUGAGGUGAAAACCUUUGAGCAGCCACAAGAGUUUUAACUCAAAGAGGUUUGAAGUGUUUUAUCACAGUGAGAUGCCAGUUGUGUUUGCUUUAUCUGAAAUACUAAAAAGGACUGUCUUUAAGGAAAGUUCAACACUGGAAAACUCACAGCAGUGAUCAGUCUGUGAUGUCCAGUGGGUUAUUUUGUUUCAUUGUAUAUAGUUUCAGAUUUACUACAUUUUCCUUAAUGCAAUCUUGCAGCAAUUCUUGACAUAACAUUGGGUGUUAGUCAAAAAAAAAAAAAAGAAAAAUUUCAGAUGAGGUGCAUCAAAAGUUCCUGAUAUUUAGCAGUUUAUUGCAGAUUUUUCUUUGCCCUCUUUGUGUUUUCUGAAACCAACCAUUUGAAAUGAAUGAGGAGCCAUUUUCUAAGUGAGUAAUUUUGUCCAUUUUCCCAGUUAUCUUCUGCUCUGAGGAGAGAAAAGACAAUAGACAGACAGAAAGGAAAUGGCACUGCUGUUGCUCAGGCAGAAUUACAGUGUGUUCCCAGGGUUUAUUUGACAGAACCCAUCAUCACAGUUAUUGUUGAGAUGAAAGCCCAAUUCUCAGAGGCCCACUAGAACAAAAGUCAUUCAGACAAAUCAGGAAACACUGAGUUGCAAAAGCAGCUAGUUGGGCAGUUGUGAUGACUCUGAAGUGGCUUGAAUAACUUUAACCUCUCAUCCUUUUUGGCUACUGGCAGGACAUAAACUCUCUGAUCCAACAUUUUUAGAAUCUUUAGAUGAGUUUAAGCAUAUUAACAGAAACAAAACAAUGUACUGAACAUUUUAAUCGAAACUUGAAUCCUUUGACGGACUUGGAACUACUUCUUAACUGUAGUUUGUGCCAUCUUACAAUGAGGCAAACUUAAGUCUACUCGUCUUAGUUGUUAUUAGGCUACAGUUUGUCCAACUUCUUCGAGUAGCACUGUUUAUUUAGUUUCUAAUUUAAAGAGUGUAUUGUCCCAAAAUAUGGAUAGACUGCUUGUAUUUUGGCAUGUGGUCACAGUAUAAACAGGAUAGUCCAGGAUAGAACCAUACAGAGGCCCAUAGAGCCAAAGAUGCUGCUUGUUUUGUGUGACCAAAAAUGCAAAACCCAAAGAUAUUCAAUUUACAAUGAUAUAAAACAGAAAAAGCAGCAAAAGUCAAUUUAAGAAGCUGGAGCCAGAAAAAUGUUUGGCCUUUUUGCUUGAGAACUGAAAAUAGUUGUCACUUCAUUUUUAUUAAUUGACUAAUCAUUUCAGCUCUGUUGUGGGUUAUCCCUUAAAUGGAUAAUUUUCGGAAUUAAUAUGGGUUGCCAGGUUGUUAGCACCCAUUAAGUAACUCUUAAAGUAAUCAGGAAGUGCUCCAUGGACUGUUUGACCCCUGGCUAUCUGAGAGGAGGCUGUAGAGCACUUGGCCAAGAAUUAUUUAUCAAUGGCUCAGCAGCAUUUAAACAAUAACUAGACAUUUUGGCUUAUUGUAUAAAUUAAGGCUCUGGAGAUAAAUUAUGGCCUUUGCAGUUAGAAAGCCAUUUAUAAAGGGUCAUAAAUGCAAAAGGUCACUCAUUGUCAGUAGUGACAAAUUAUGAAUUAGUUUGCUUAACUGUGAAGUGGUGCCCAUUCCCAUUAAAAUAAUCUAGUUAAUGAUGCAAUACUUAAAUACAUUGUUGUGCCCUGUUCCACUCUGCUGAAGACACGUGUCUUCAGGACAGUCCCUUUGUUUUUUGAAAUUUAAUUUAAUUCCAGUUUAGAGAAUAUAGUUUAUGUAUUCUCCUGUUUAUUCUGUUUUGUUUGGACUUGAAAUUGUUCCUUUAAAACUCUGGCCUGCGUGGAAUGCCAUUUGAUAAACGAUGGAUACAAUAGCUGGAAGCCCUCUGAAUGUUUUCCUGUUGGUUUCAUAUAUAUACUUAGAGCAGCCAGUUCCUCCACCUCACUCUCAGUCUUUCUCUCGUUCUCCUGCUCUCCUUGUUUGCCUCACCGUAUCUCUCCACUCUCUCUCCGUCCUCUAAUCAGCUAAACCAAACAGUGGAGUCAACUUCCUGUCCAUCUGGGGGGUUGCUCCCGCCCCUUCCUGUCUGUGUUAUCUAUCGUGAGCCAACACAUUGUGCUCACUUCCUGUUAGCCCAGCCUGGGAAACAACCUUGGAGAGGAAAAGGGAGCGAGGCAAGGAGAAACAUGGGAUGAGGUUGGGGGUUAACAAGAAAGAAAGACGAAGAGAACAAUGUAGAGCAGUGAUGAGCUUUCCAGCUGAGCAGAAACACUUCAGAGCAAAGAUGUGUGUGAUGAAACGCUGAUGAACAUUGCACAUGAAAGUGGUUUUAACAUCCUGCUACCCUGGCAUCUUUAUGAAGUAACGUUCAGAAAUCAAUAAAUAUUACUCACAGUUGAAGCUUUAGAUUCGUAACAGGCAUCGUAAUCAGAUUGGUGGCUCCUAGUGGCAGAAAAAGAAAAUUAUAUAUUAUAAAUUGGAAGGCGUUUUAGCCUCUGUUUAUGCCUCUUCUGUUAUCGUCAUUUUUACAUUUUAAAUGUUCGAAUCACAAGUAGAUCAUUGUUUUUGUAAAAAAAGAAAUAGAAGACAACUUUUAAAAAACUUGGUGAGUUUUGUCACAGCUCUUAUUACUGCUGAAGACAUUUCCAAAAUCCAAUCCAAAAUAAAGCUGAUUUUAUUCGGUCCUCCUUUAUUAUUAUUAACUGAACAAACAGUGGCUUACUUUUCUGGCUGCCAUCUUUGUUUGGAUCAAAGAACGUUGACUCUCUUUUGUGAAUCGAGUUAAAAUUGUACUUCACUGUACACUGGAGGUGUACUUUUGUCCAGUCAUUUCAGACCUGUGGCUCUUAAGGAAACAGUAUUAAAGUUGUUUUUUGCAUUUAUUUGCGUGUUAUCACCAUUAUCGUUGAUUAUAGCUUUUGUUUUAAAAAACUGGGUAUGUGAACAAAAAAAACAUUGUUAUUGAAAUCAGCAGGCUCUAGCAGAUAGAGGUGCUGCAUUACCUACUUUCCUAACAGCAAUAAGUGUUGCGUGUACUUACGGUGAGAAAAUCUGAGACAUUUGGAAAGGUAGAUGGGUAAAUUUGCCAACAAUUUUAGCCAGCAGUGUUUCCCACUUGUUUAAUCUUGUUCCAAAACAAUACAUAUAUACAUUUCCACAUCUAAAAGAUUCAUUAUAGACUCUUAGAAUACAUCAGUCAUUAAACAUUUCCAAAAUAUGAAGCAUGUGCUUAGACAAGGACUAAUGUUGCAUGUGAUUCCUUUUACUUUGUGUGCUGGCAACAUAAUGACUUGGACAUAUUAUUUUGGAAUGAAACUGAUAUAUGUUCCUUACUGUCCAACAUUCACUCAGUCAUUUAGUAAUUUCUAGUCAUGUAUGAUCUUAUUUGAUUUUCCAUAGUAACUCAUCAGAUAUUGCAAAACAUUACUAAAUUCAUGAGGAUUCCUGUAUUCUCAAACACUUAUCUCCAUAAUCUAACAGUGAUGCCAUUUUGUUGAGCUGAGUUAUAUGAUAUCAUAAAAAGUGCCAUAUUUCAUUUGUAUUUGUUGGCCAUCAAUGGUUGUGGGAGAGCAUUUGUCUCCUCUAUCAAAUGGUGAAUCGCUUAGGAUCCAGACAGUGAAAAUAAAUCUCUCAGGUUGGGAUCCAGGCACAAAAAAAAAAGUUCACUUUUAUGUCAAGAAAUAAAUGCUCCAUACAUAUCAAUAUACUAGCUUCACAAACCAGACCUUUAACUGAUAUAAUUGUAAUUUCAUCUAUGUAUGCCAUCUGUGAUUGGGGGAGCGUACUGCAAGUGAAAUGUAUAUAGAAAAAAUGUGCCUAAUAGGGAUUUUGUCUCUGGCCUCACCUUGUUUAUAUUUUGCCUCAGUUACUGUAUUUAGAAGAUGUUAAACAUGACACAAUCUCGUAUUUCUAUUGCUGUAAAAAGUAACAAUAGGUUCAUUUUCUACAAAUAAAAGAAAGUAGUCUUUGAUGUAUGAGUGACUGCCCAAGUGAAUAUGUUAUUUUCUGUUUGUGUCCACGUGUGUGUAUGUGUGUGUGUGCUUGUGACUGUACCCAUGUACAUACAAAAAUGGGUGUCAAACCUAUAAAAAAUAGCAACCGCAUAGAAAACAUUUUUUCUUGUGUAAAUACAGUAAGGGUCUUCAAGGAAGCAAAAUGUGCCUUUAUUCGUUAAAAAAAUACUGUAAUUCAUUUUUUUGAUGGCGAACACAAUGUUUUCUAUAUUGUUUUUAUGGUGAAUAGCAACUACUUUUUAUUACCUGACAUUUUUGUAAGUGUAGAAUAAAAAUAAACACUCAAAUAAG